AUGACCGUGCCAGCGCCAAUGGUACCAGAGUCUAUGGCCCUGGCGGGCUUAUCGGCCACUGACGAUCCGAAUGCUCGACGCGCUUUGAUUGACUCGCGCAUCGCCGCCCUUGAAGACGAGAUUCACCGGCUGAAGAGCAGCAGAAAUGAGCUGUCAGAAAUCUCUCGACUCCCGCCUGAGGUUCUGACUCGAAUAUUUGUCAUCUAUGAAGAAAUGUGCAACCCCGACUCGGUGGACCAUACGACAUGGCGACCCGUCAUUCUCAAGCCAUAUCAAUGGACGGACGUGACCCACGUUUCGCGGUACUGGAGGGAAGCGGCACUCGGAUGCCCGGAGCUAUGGUCAAAUAUCCGAACCAGCAACUGCAACUGGGCAAUGGCUCUUUUGGAACGGUCCAAGCAAGCCCCAAUCUCCCUCGACGCCAUGCAGGCUCGCAGUCCGAAGCUUGACGCCCUUCUCACCGACGUUCUUGCGCAACCCCAACGCCUGAAGAGCCUUCGGCUUUCCGGACACUCUUCCAUUGAGAAGCGCCUUGGGGAAAUGACUUCCCCGGCUCCCCUGCUCCAAAGCCUGACGAUGAGACGCGAUUAUGUAUCGUAUUCUUCCUCCGAAAUCCUACCCACAACUUUCCUCGGUGGCGAAGCUCCAACGCUUCAGAGUUUGGAGUUGAAUGGCUAUUUUCUGCCGUGGGACUCGACUCUGCUUCGUGGGCUGACGUCGCUGAAGCUAAAUUUCACACCAUCGAGGAAUCUCCCUCGUCCUAGCCCCGAAGCGUUCUUCGGAGCACUCGAGGCAAUGGAGAGUCUCCGAACCUUGCACCUCGAUACCCUGCUACCGGCAUCUCCUCUCGAAAAUCACCGCACCAUUACCCUUCGACAUAUGGAAGAAUUUCGACUGAAUGGGCCUAUGGCCGACUGCGCCAAUAUCAUGACUCACGUGGUGCUUCCACCUUCGGCUAUCCUUCACUUUGUGGUCUCAAAGAAGCCUGACGAGAGUGUCCAGAGCAUGACCGACCUGUCGACCUCCAUCGCGGCUUCGUGGCUUAGCGGCCCUCUUUCAAAUUCUUCAAUCACCACACCAAAUGUCAUCAAUACCGUCGAACUCGAUUUCGGAUACAAUACGUUCUCCUUCCGUGGAUACCCACGGGAUGCUGAGCGCCGCCUUUCAGGCUCAUGCAGGGGAACCAGGAACCAAGCAUCCCUUACCCUACAGGCUGCAAGAGAAUCCAUUUCCCAUCUCCUUGCUGGGCUCCCAUUGAACAAUGUCCGCACCGUCGCUCUGACUGGCGGCAUUGACGACAGCGCUUUGGUAUUCCUUGGUCGACUUCCCUGCCUCCACACCCUUUCUGUCGACCACGACACCAGUGAAGGCUUCUUCAGAUAUAUCGCUGCCGAUCCGGCGCUCCGACCCAUGGUUAUCAAGAAAGCCAAGGCCACAACAGGGACCCGGAAACCGAAGCCACAGCCCACCCAGUUGUCGUACUUCUCCGCGUUGAAGAAACUGAUACUCAGUGGAGCUGACUUCCGAUACACUUUCACGGUCGACGCCUUUUUGGAUUUCUUGAUGAUGCGCUACGAGCUGGGUGGGGAGAUUGAGACGCUCGAAUUGAUGGGGUCCGUCGGGCUGCACCCAGGCCACGUAAAGCAGCUCAGGGAGGUUGUCGUCGACGUGGAGUGGGACGGGAAGACCAUUAAUUACUAUUCGGAUGAGGAAGAGGACGAGGAAGACGAGUGUGAGUACUGUGGACGCGAUGGGUGUGAGUACUGCGACGAUGAUUUUUAUGAUUACGAGCCCACCAUCGAAGACUUGCUGUCCGACGGUUACUGGUAG